AUGAAGUUCAAUCCCUUUAUGACUUCUGACCAAAACAAGAAAAGAUAUUUCAAUGCACCUUCCCACAUUUGCAGUAUGAUUAUGUUUUCCCCUGUUUCUAAAGAGCUGAGACAGAAGUAUAAUGUUCAAUCCAUGCCAAUCCAAAAGGAUGAUGAAGUUCAGGUUGUCUGGAGGCAUUGUAAAGGUCGCUUCUACACUGGCAAAGUAGUCCAGGUUUACAGGAAGACAUUCGUCAUCUACAUUGAGCAGGUACAGUGGGAAAAGGCUCUUUCUCUCCAUUGGGCCUCUUCUUCCUUCAACAAUGGCACAACUGUCCACAUGGGUAUUCACCCCAGCAAGGUGGUUAUUACUAGGCUUAAACUGGACAAAGACUGCAAAUUGAACAGAGAGACAAAUCUUGCUAAAUAG